GAGAAAAAUUAGAAUGUCAAAUUUCUGAACAAAAAAAUGACAAGACCCUAGCAGGAAGUGUACAUUUUUCAAGUGGAGGAAAACAACUAUUAAUCCAAAAUUUCAUGUUCAGCAAUAUUAUCUUUCAAGAUUGAAAGAAUAACCAAGAUAUUCUUAGAUGAAUGAAAACUAAGAGAAUGUCAGUGGAUCCAUUCUGAAAGAAUGAUGAAAUAAAUUCUUAAAAUAGAAAAGAAAAAAGAAGGAACCUUGGAACUUUAGGAAAGAACAGUCACAAUAAGCACAAACAUUGGUAAAUAUGGAAUAAGACCCUGCAGAUGGAGAAGAUCAAGGCCCGGCUGAAGGCUGAGUUUGAGGCACUUGAGUCAGAGGAACGGCACUUGAAGGAAUACAAGCAGGAGAUGGACCUCUUGUUACAGGAGAAGAUGGCCCAUGUGGAGGAACUCCGACUGAUCCAUGCUGACAUCAAUGUGAUGGAAAACACCAUCAAACAGUCUGAGAAUGACCUAAACAAGCUGUUAGAGUCUACAAGGCGGCUGCAUGAUGAGUAUAAGCCCUUGAAGGAACAUGUGGAUGCUCUGCGUAUGACUCUUGGCUUGCAGAGGCUUCCUGAUUUGUGUGAAGAGGAGGAGAAACUCUCUCUGGAUUACUUUGAGAAACAGAAAGCAGAAUGGCAGACUGAGCCUCAGGAGCCCCCUAUCCCUGAGUCCCUGGCCGCUGCAGCUGCUGCUGCCCAACAACUCCAAGUGGCUAGAAAACAGGACACUCGGCAGACAGCCACCUUCAGGCAGCAACCUCCACCUAUGAAGGCCUGCUUGUCAUGUCACCAGCAGAUUCACCGGAAUGCACCCAUAUGCCCUCUUUGCAAAGCCAAAAGUCGGUCCCGGAACCCCAAGAAACCCAAACGGAAGCAGGAUGAAUGAAGAAAGAGGGGACACAUGGAACUCUUCUGUUCUGUUUCUUGGCCAGAAUGAUGUGAAAAAACCCUUCCCAAUCCUGCCCAGUUCUCCUAUUUAAUGUGAUAAAAUCAGAACACCUCUUUUACUUUGCUUUACUUUCUUUCUGCAUUUGGCAUUUCUAGUUUAGGAAGCAGGUUCAGGUGCUGAUAACUAUAUAUAAGCAUAUGGUUUUUUCCACCAACAUUUCAGCUUCUCCCCUUGUUUGGGAUUGAGGGAAGGGCAAAAGACCUACAUGUCCAUAUCUGUUACAUGUAUUUGAGACACGAAGCUUAAGAGAUGUGGGGUCUGAGGACUGG